AUGAUAGAGUAUAUUACAACGUAUUUUAUACUUCACAUUGAUAAAUUUGCGAUAUACACAAGAACAUCUACAUUUAAGCAGGCAGUUCUCAGCAUACAGCACAGCCUAGAAAGAAAAGAAGUAAAAAACGGCCUUAGAGAUGCAAAGUACUUACCAGUACACGUAUUUUAUAUUCUGCCGUAUUUAGAAAAGAAAGACAAACUUUUCGGAACUGGCCUCCUGGGAAUAUACAAGCAGAACAGACUCAUAUCACAGAAAAUCAGAGAAGUAUUUGGAAUUUCUGCAGAUAUUCUGUGA